GGCUAGGAUGCCGCAGGCAGGCAGGCAGGCAGGCGAAGCAAAGCCAUCCUGUUACUAGAAGUGGAGAGCGAGCGUGUGCGAUCACAAGCUAGAAAGAAGAGCACCACUAUCAAACCUGUCUACUCUGGAUGACACCAGCCCAACUCUCUCUCUCUCACUCUCUCUCUCUCUCUCGAUUAUAAAACUGCUGCCCAGGCUAAAGCCUUCCACCAACCAACCAACCAACCAACCAACUGAACCGAACAACCAACCCCCAUACAUCUCACAGGCAACUGAGCAGCCUGCUUAUCCCCAAGCAAGAGAAGCCAGACAAGUGUUUCAGCGCAAGAGCCAAGAAUAUGGAUACGGUGGGGCUUUGCGCAGCCCUGUGGUUCUUCGUCCACUCUGGGAUCUGCAAUCCCAUCAUGGCACCAGUGGACCUGCAUCCCGGGGCGGACCCAGAUGGAUACCCCUUUUUGAGCGACCCCCUCCUGGAGCAGGACAGCGGCCUGGAUUUCCAAAGCUUCAUGCAGACCAUCCGGCACCAGUUCCUGAAGACGUUCAACCUGUCCGGGCUGCCCCAGCACGAGGCUGCGGCCAAAGUGGACCCCCCAGAGUACAUGCUGGAGCUCUACAACAAGUUCGCCAACGACCGGACUUCCAUGCCUUCAGCCAACAUUGUGAGGAGCUUCCAAAACGAAGACACAUCCUCCUACCGAAUGGACAUCAGUGGGAUCCGGAAACACUCUCUGCUCUUCAACAUGUCCAUCCCUCACCACGAGAAGAUCACCAUGGCCGAGCUGCGUCUCUACACCUUGGUGGAGCGAGACCGCAGGAUGUACGAGGGCGUGGACAGGAAGGUGACAAUUUACGAGGCGCAUGAGGAUAUAGAGGCGGAAGAGAGACGUGGGGGGAACGACGGUCACGGCCGAUUGGCCGAGCUGGCUUCUCGUCAGGUCUACGACACAGACAGCGGGUGGGAGGCCUUUGAUCUCACGGCCGCCAUCCGCCGCUGGCGCAAGGCCGACUACACCACCCACCGGCUGGAGGUCCACAUCGAAAGCCUGGGAGAGGACGGCGAGGGGUACGGGGAAGGGAACCUGGACAUCGAUGUUAACCCUGAGGCCAAGCAUGUGCCCCUGCUCAUCGUCUUCUCGGACGACCAGAGCAACGAGAAGAAGGAGGAGAAGAAAGAGCUGAACGAGAUGAUCGAACACGAGCAGCUCCUGGAGUUUGAGAUGGACAUGAUGAACGGGCUGGAGGACUCUCCCAACGAGGAGUCCCUGCUCCAGAUGAGGUCCAACCUGAUCUACGACACCACCUCCAGGAUAAGAAGGAACGCCAAGGGCAACACCUGCAAGAAGACCCCCUUCUUCGUAGAGUUCAACGAGAUCGGGUGGCACUCCUGGAUAAUUGCCCCUACUGGGUACGAGGCCUUUAAGUGCAGCGGAGUGUGCAACUACCCUCUGAUUGAGCACGUCACCCCGACAAAGCAUGCCAUCGUUCAGACUUUAGUCCACAUGAAAAACCCACAGAAGGCUUCGAGGGCUUGCUGUGUCCCCACUAAACUGGACCCCAUAUCCAUCCUCUACUUGGAUGAUGCAGGGGUUGUCACUUUCAAAUAUAAAUACGAAGGGAUGGUCGUGGCGGAAUGCGGCUGCAGAUAGUGGCGGAUGCUGUUGGGAAAAAAACAAAUAAACAAACAAACUUGCAAACAGUUUAAUGCGGGAGUAUGUAAUUUCUAGGUCUGUAAAUGUGUACAUUUUGUAUAUCGUAUUUAAAAAAAGAGAAGAUUAUUUAAUUGUGUGUACAGUAUUCAUUUUUGUGAAUAGGAUGAAUGUUUUUUUUUUUUUUAAAUUAAAAAUUUAAUAAAGCUCAUUUAAUCAAUAUUGCAACCGGCACAGGCAAUGGGUUUUAGAUUAAUUGUACAAGACAAUACGUUAUUAUAAUAAUGUUCGUGGGAUUUUGCAGUUACUGAAUUAAUAAGGGAAAUGUGCCAGGUCUCUUUGCCAGGUAUUUGGAGUCUAAUCGCAACUGGUGGUUCCCAUUUGAAAAACUGUACUUUUCAAUGGAAUACACCUCGGAGAAUGUAUCCAGAUUAUCUAUACAAUCGUUUUUACAAGUACAUUUAAAAGGGGAACACCUAAAAUGUGCUAAAACAAAACAGAUAAGACCUGUGCUAUGAGAAAUGAGGUCAGACCAGUAUGUUUCAAGCCUCGAUUCUCUGUAUUAUUUCUCUGUGAAGUAAAUGAUCAGUGCAUGUAUAUUUCUAACAGGGUUCUGUCAUAAACUGCUGCACUGGAGCUGUAAAUAGAGCAGAAAAACAAUUGAAUAUUUCACCAGGUUCUUGGGUUGCUCAAACGAGGAGCGAGAGACAGAUAAGACUAAUACUGUCUGCUUUGUGGCUUAAGAAAAUAUCUUGUUACUUUGAACUUCAGAUGCACCCUCCGCCUUCCCAUGAUUGUGGUCAAGGAAUGUAAAUUGGACUUCAGUUUUUGAUGAAGAACCACAGUGACAAUUAACAGUGGCUCUUGGUUUAAAGUGCAUGAGUGUAAAUUCAAAUAAUUCACCCUCGGGACUACACAAGGACUGUUGAAUUCAGCCCUCUGAAACCUGGGUGAAGUCUCAUGCAAAUUGUCACCACAGCAUUUGUUUUUCUAUACGGUAAUAUGUUGACAGGUGUUGCAGGCUUUUACUCUUUGAACCUUGGCAAUGCUCUUACCCUGAAAAGAAAACGAAAUUGCAAAACGAGAAACCGAGAGCAUUUUGUUAUGCGUAAAACGCCUAGUGGUCCGGUGGUUAAAGAAAGGGGCUUGUUACCAGGAGGUUCCCAGUUCAUUACCAGCUCAGCCACUGACUCAUUGUGUGUGACCCUGAGCAAGUCACUUAAACUUAAGAAUAAAAAGUCAAUUCAGUUGCUAACCUUCCUCUGCUGCAGUUACAGUACGGUAGUGGAUAAGGAAACGACAGUCCCUUCACGACUCUGCAAACACAAGGCAUCGCUGCCCUUGACCACCAUUCCACAGCAUCACAUGCCGUGUUAGUGCCACUCUCUUGCUCCUAAGCCCCAGCUGAUACGGAGGUGUCGGGGCUGAGAAACAUUAGGCCCGUCACUCCAUCGACACGACCUGCCGAGCUGUCAAAUUCUUGGGCUAGCGGUGCUGACGAGGACUCCUCCGGCCCAGCUUCACUGUCCUGCGUGUCUCUUUUACACUUUUAUGGCAAAGACCUCACUUAUCGGUGGAGGUGAUAAGUGGCAAUGUCUUUUGAAGAGCUCGCCCCCCAACACUUCACGGCUCGACGAAAAACACUUUUUAUCAAAUACUGGCUCUAACUGGCUUUCGGUUGGAUUCACGCAACCCCCCCACGUGCUAGUCCCCUUCUCUCUGCUGCUUACUGGCUAUUUAUUGAUUUAUUUAUUGCGGCAUUGAGAAACUGUAAUAUAAAAGAACAAUUUUUGUGAACUUUAGCUUUGUGGGAAUAUUGCAUUUUGUAAAAACCUGUAUUUUAAAUUCUUUGCAAUCACCAUUUAGUGAUUUAUUAAAGUUUUUCGACACGCAAUUUAAAGAAUUACCCCUUUGUCUUUUGACUUUUUUUUUGUUUGCUAAAUAAAUGCAUAUACCA